CCGCCAGACUUGGGGACCUCUGGCCGCGUUCCUGACCUGCAGCCUGACUGGCCGGGACCAUGGGGUGCUGCCCAGGCGAGUGCUUCGGCUGCUGCCCUCAAGAACAAGACUGCUGUGAAGUGUGCUGCUGCCAGCCCGCCUGCUGUGGCUGCUGCGGGUCCUGCUGCGGGUCCUGUUGCGGCUGCGGCGGCUCGGGCUGCGGCGGCUCGGGCUGCGGGAACGGCUGCUGUGGAUCUUCCUGCUGCGGCUCGGGCUCCGGCUGCGGCUCGGGCUGCGGGGGCUGCUGCGGGAGCUGCUGCGGCUCCGGUUGCUGCGGCUCCUCUGGGUGCUGCGGCCCUGUUUGCUGCCAGCCCACACCUGUCUGCGACACGAAAUGAAGUCCUUUCCCCCCUCCACUGAGGCAGUCCGGGUGAAAGCCUCCGUCUGCUCCAGGUGGAGACCACUUGUCUCCAGCACCUUCCACGCCCCCAAGACAGUGUCCAGCCUCGGGUGUUAUUUGUAGAGGAGGCCUUGUUCUCCAGUGUCUGCCCUGGUGUGUCGAGGCACUGAGAACAAGAACCAUGCUGGUGAGGAAUUAGAACUGAGUCUCAGCCAAAGUGAUCCCAGCAGCUCAAAGGGUGAAUCCCCGUGACUUUAUUUUCAUGAAGCUGGAUGUCUGGUCACUAUAAGGCAUCCUCUUAUUCAAGAUGUCUUUGGGACUGAGCCCUCCCCUCCAGCUGUCUGCUGCUUUUGAGAUGCAAAAUUCCUCUUUAUUCACUUCCUAAUAAAUUCAAGCAUGCUGCCUAACCAAA